UCUGACUCAGUGUCCAGAUUGUAUUCAGAAUCUAUGAAUGCCUUCUCCUUUUAGAAAAAAACUAUUUGACUUCCUUCAAGGGCUGCAGAAAUACAGUAAAUCUUUAUAUAGUUUGCUGAAAUGUUUGUGGUCCCUGUUGGCCUCCUGGCUAUCUUCUUACCUGCUGUAUGGACCUGUCCUCCACAGAAAGCAGACUUUGUGAUGGUCUCUUGCUUUCCAAAUUUAAUCAUUGCUAAUGUCCCGGAGUGUCCCUAUGGGUGGGAAGUGAACCAGCUCUCUUUGGGAGGGGUCUGCUAUAGUGGGAUAAACAGCCAUGGAUAUUUCCGAUUUGCAAUUCCCGACCUGACCCCAAAAAACAAUUCAUAUUGUGGAACCCAGUCUGAGUAUGUCGGAGGAAAAGAGCCAAAAUAUGUUUUCUAUAACUCAAUAGUGUCCAAUGAUACCUCACUAACAAUCCGAAACCAGCCUGUGAACUACUCCUUCAGCUGCAGCUACAAAGCAUCGUACCUAGUGAAUAGCGCAGUGUUCAGCCAAAGAGUGGCAACAGUCUAUAUCAACAACGGCAGCGUCGGUUCCUUCAGGUCACAAUUGUCUAUGAACGUGUUUACUAAUUCAAAGUUUCUAUAUGCUAAGGAUGCACCUUAUACAAUUGACACGUCAGACAUUGGUUCAGAAGUAUUCAUUGGGAUAGAAGCCAAAGGAUUGAGCAGCAGAUUCAAAGUUGUCAUUAACAACUGUUGGGCUACCCCCUCGCCACAAUCCACUGACAAAAAACGAUGGACUCUUAUUAUUAACAGCUGUUCAGUUGAUAACACAGCAACCAUCUUUGAGAACGGAAAAGACAGCAGGUCAAUGUUCAAAUUUAAUUCAUUCCGAUUUCAACUGAUGGAGAAAGUCUCAACAGUCUGGUUACACUGUCAAGUCCAAAUAUGUGACAGUGAAAAACGAACUUGCCAGCCUACUCACCCAUGUACAGAACGAAGUCAGCACACCGAUCCAGAAGGAGGGGUGCUCUCUGCAGAGUUUCAGCUUAAAGCUCUAGGUUCAUCAAGCCACAGAAACCUUGCAGAUUCUCCCAUUCUUUUCUUACUGGUUUUUUUUACCUUGUUGGUCUCUCUCUAUACUCCACUCCUCUAACUGGGGCAGUAUUGUUAUCUGCCAUGCUCAUAUGUUGAUGUCUAAAAUAUUGCACUAUUGUCUCAGACACUGUAGUGUGUUUAGUGGGAUAACACCCUCUAUGAGUGUUCUGUUCCAUCAUGAUAUCAGUCAAUGUGCAAAUAGACUGAAAAUCAAUCAUCACUGUGUUCAUUAUGUCGGGUAUCUCACAAGACUUUAUAAAAAAUAUGUGUAUAUAUUUGGGCAAAUUUAAAAACAUUCUUCUUAGUGCAAUAUGUGAGUGCUUUGAAGCAACUUUCUAAGUAUGCAUUGAUUUUAUUGGUAUAAUCAGGGUUGUUCAAUUAGUCAGUCGCAGAAUAUGAAGACUUCUAUUUUUUUUUGUAACAAUGGUAUGGAUUUGAUAUGUACUUAUGUGUAACAAAGUUACUGUAAAUGUUAACCCAUAUGUGAAACUUAUAUAUUAAAAAACAUAAAACAAGUGAAAUGUUUAGUGGAUAAUGUCAAUGA